AUGGAUCAGUCCUCAAAUUCAAUCUUCGGAGACAAUAAGUCAAGUCCAAACUCGACUGUACAAGAACAAGUCAAUAGUUCGAAUAAAAAAAAUGAAAAUCUUUCAACAACAGCUGUAUACACUUCUAUAGACGGUAAAAAAUUCGAAUUGCGUGAACUAGAGAACAGCCUGAAAUCUACUUUAGAAAAAUGCAAAAUCAAAGAUAUGACACAUUUAGCAGAAAGAAUGAAGCGAACAGAAGAACGAAUUGAGCAGUAUGAAGACGAGAGUAGAAAUGAGGAAGCUGAGAACGAAAGAAGAUAUCAUAAUGAGUUAAAACAAUUGCAAGUACUUAACGAAGAAAUAGCUUUGAAAACUGCUGUAUUUCUUUCGAAAACUAUUGACAAAUUGGAUUUGAGUGAAUUAGAAAAUAGAUUGAAAUAUGGUUUAGAAAAAUGUAAAAUUAAAGAUUUAGCAGAAGUGACUGAAAGAAUAAAACGAACAGAAAAGCGCAUUGAACAGUAUGAGGAUGAGGGUAGAACGGAUAAAGCUGAACAAGAAAUGGAUUAUUUGCGUGACUUGGAACAAUUACAAAGAAUAACGGAGGAGAUAGUUUUACGCAAAUCAACACAGACUACUUCGAAUAAUGAUGAUGAAUUGAAUCAGAAGAUGUGCGUAGAAGAAAUAGUAGAAAAUUUGGACCAGAGGAGAACGUUCCAUGUACAAGAAAAUAAGCGAGCGGAUCAGAAGAAAUUGUUUGAUGAUUUGGCCCAUAUGCCUUGUUGUGCGGAGAAAACUGCUGUUGAACUUUUGGCAUAUUUUCAACAGAGACUACUCGAAGAUCGUAUAAUUGAAAAAACACCCGAUUCAAUCACUCUCAAAUUAGAAAAAUUGCAAGAUCAAGUUCAAAGAGAAGAAUUAUUUUCCGAGCAAAUUAAAACUUAUUUUCAAGAUUUAAAUCGAACUAUACAUAACGAAGAUUAUUCAUCUACGAUGCAUAUAUUAAGCAAGCUCUUAAAGAAAAUCCAACCUUUAGAUCUACAAGAAUUACAAAGACUCAUCGAAAAGACGAAAAAGGCAGCAGCUUUAAUCAGUGAUAAAGACAUUAUUCUGUUAGUAGGUAUUACUGGUAGUGGAAAAUCGACGACAAUUCAGUUUCUCACCGGUGCUAAGAUGAAAGACACCCUGAUAGAAAUAGCCCCUGGAAAAUUCUUAGAACAUAUAACAAUAGAUGGUCCUGUCAAGAAUGUUGGAUUAAACAGUGUGACAAGUAGUCCGCUGAGCAAGUCCGAAACUCGAUAUAUUGUACCGGUUACAGUGCAAUUACAGGACAUUUUCGGUCAGUAUGAGACCGGAGAGAUUAUUCUAUGUGAUGCGCCAGGUUUUGGUGAUACAGCGGGCCCAGAAGUCGAUAUUGCUAAUAGCGUCGGAGUUAUCGACGCUCUCAAGAAUUGUAAGAGUGUAAAGAUACUUGCUCUAUCAAGCUAUAGAAGUUUAGGCGAUCGAGGACAAGGUAUUCAAAAAUUAGCACAUCUUUUGAUCAAUAUGAUUCAUGGUAUUGAAGAUAGACUUUAUGGUAUUUGUUAUGCAUUUACAAAAUAUCCUUUAACAACGGAUAUUAAUGCAUUGUUAGUAGAUAUUAAAAAUUCAAAAUUAGAUGUAGAUCCUAUUUUACGAUCCGAUAGGGCUUUUGUAGCUGUAUUAACAGAUAUGAUUGAUAAAACUAAACAUGAUGCUGAAAAAAUUGACCCCAUUCAUGGUAAUCCAAAAAGUUUAAUUAAAAAACUCAAGUAUUUACACGGUAUUUACUAUCCAGGAGAAGUUUUUCGAUUUUCAAUGAGUGACGAAACACAAAAUACGAUUUUAGAUCAGAUACAAAAAUACAAAUUGAGUAUUAUGUGUGCAUUAAAAUGCAAAAACACAGACCUUGUCAUGUAUUAUUUGAAGAAUUUCAAAGUCUUAAAUGAUUUGAUCCAGCAAAAUUCUGUUCGAGAUGCAUAUGAAGAUUCGAUACAUUUUCUAAGCGAGAAUAUUGAGCAGUAUUGUACAGAUGUGAUGAGAAAAUUCAAUCGUACUGUAGCUAGUCAAGAUGGAUUGACAGAUGAAGACAUUCGAGAGUACAAAACUGCUUAUGAUUAUAUCCAACAGAUUCAAAGUUUAAGAGAACAUUUAGGAUCGAAAUUAGUAUCCGCUGAAAUAUUGAUCGAAAAUAUUCUUUCUGAAUUCGAGAAAAGAAAUUUUAUGCUGAAAGAACAAGCUUUAUACAGUUCUUCGAUCAGAAUAUAUUUGAAUAAUUUUCAUCUACUUCAAAAUUCUUUUAAACAACUUGAAUCGUAUUACAUAAAAGCAUGUAAAGAUUUUGCCGAGCGUUUUGAAUCUACACUGAUACAAUCCGUACCCGAACUGAUUUCAACAAAUGAAUUUAAACAAAUAGCUGAAAGAAUUUUUGUCAUAUCAAAAUGUUUACCCGUUUUAAAUCAUCAUUUCAAUGGAAAAGUCGAGAAAAACUAUCAUGACAUUGUCAAAUUAAUUUUACAACAUUUGAAUAGUUUUUCUGAAAAAGCCAAUUCUCUUUUGAUGAAAAUCACAUUAAGUAAUAGUGAUAUAGAAAUUCUUCAAAACUAUAUGAUCUUAUUAAAAACAGCUAAAGAAACACCUUCACUUCAAGAUCAAAUUUCUAAAUACAUAGAAAUCAUGAAAUUAAAAGAUAAUAUUUCUGUUCAAACCAUAAGAGAUUUAAAUAAAAUCUAUGAUGAAUUUAUUAUAAAAAUUAUCAAAUAUUUUGAUGAGAUAAAUUUAAGAACUAAGGAGCUUUUUGAAAAAAAUGGGAAGCAUGCACUUGAAGAUGUCGAACGAUUAGUUAUUCAAAUGGAAAUGAUCCGUACACUACCCGAAAUUGAAUCGAAAACUGCUCGAACAUUUUAUCAUAGUAUACAAAAUAUACGUGGAUAUAUGCAACAAUGGCAAAGAGAUGCCGAAUUGCUUCUUGAUCAUCAAUCAGAAGUGAUCAAUUUUGGACCUCUAAAAAGAUCAUUAUUACGUUUGAAAAAGACCGAAUGGAUCGACCGUAUUUGUCCGGGUACUUAUGAUUCAAUGAUGCGUCAUAUUCGAGAAGAAUUAGAAGAACAUGCUGAUCAGUUAGAACAUCGUUUGAAAAAAUUGGAUUUUAGUUUAAAAUGUCCACAAAAUAUUCGUUUAGUACAGGAGAUUGUUGAAAAAAUCGAUGCAAUGCAAGUUUUAGAGCAAAACAUUCCGGCGUUGAAAAAAUAUCGAGAUCGGAUAAAUCAACACUUUCUUCAAGUCACAAAGGAAGCUUUCGAUCAUAUUAAAAAAACUUUCAAUUUAUCAGACAAAAUUCUAGAUCAUCUUAAACAAGAAUUGAUCAAAUUAGAACAAAUCAAAAACGAAUAUGAUCACUUGUGUCCAGCUCGUGUUUAUUUACGAAAAUUUGGAUAUUCAGAUAUCAAUGUAUUGCAUCAGGAUAUUGAAAAUUUAAGAAUUCGACAAUAUGCAGAUCUAGAAGAAGCAGAAAAUGAAAAACGUCGAAUGGAAUCUCAAUUGAAUGAUUUCAAUAUAAUUAUUCGACAUUAUACACUUUUGACUUCAUCAAGAAUAAAUCUAGGAAUUUUGAAUAGAUUGGUUGCCAAAGUAGCAAUAGGAAUUCAGAAACUUGAAACUCAGCCGAAUGAAUAUUUAAAACAAAAGGGAUACGCAAACAUUGAAAUCUUCAACAAAACCAUGACACAAGUUCAGGAAAAUUACGAUAAACUAUUACGAUUGAUUGAAAAUAAGCGUACCGAUUUUCAUAAUACUUUAAAUCGCCUUGAAUCAAUCAACAACGAAUAUGUUUCGUUAUUAAAUUCAAGUAAUUUGAUUUCUUCUCAAGAAAUUGAUUUUCUACAUGAGAAAGAACAAAUCAGUUAUGAAUUACUUGAAGAAACUAUUCAAGAAAAAAAGAAAAUUCUUAUUGAAUAUGAGAACUAUAAGCAAAUAUAUUAUUUUAGUAACAAACUAGAAGGUCUUGUAGCAAAUAAUGCAUUAAUAUACAUAAGUAACUGCGAAAAAGUAGAACAUCAUCCUGUCAAAAAAAUAGCAGCAGAUGCGAAUGAGUUUUUGAGAAAGUAUAUAAGAGAGUAUGGUUAUUUUCUGAACAAAGAAAUAGAACGAAAUUUUAAGCACAUAACUAAUACUGAUGAAGUUGAUCGAAAUCGAUAUUCAGAAAAAUUAGAAAUUUGUUUUCAAGAAUUAUCUUCUCUCGAUAAAUAUGCACUUAUUUUCGAAUGUCUACAUGGAGCUAAGAAAAUAGAAGAUUGGCAUCGACAAUUUUUUAAUUAUCAUCGUUUUCUUGGUAAUAAAAUGGAAGAAUAUAAAAUUUCUGGUAGCAAUGAAGAAUUCAAAAAUCUGUUAAGUAUUGCUCAAGCUUUGGGCUGUAUAGAUCGUUUCUGUACAAUUAUAUUAGCAGAUAAUGGAUUUCAUGCUUUACAUAGACAGCAUCAAAUUGAGAUUGCUAGAAUGUCUCGAGAAGCUUAUAAUAUGGUAAUCGAUUAUAUAAUGAAGGGAAAAUAUGCAAAUGCAGAUCUAGCGCUAUCGGAUAUUAUUGAAAAUUCAUCCAAUUCGAAAUAUUUGACUCAGAUAAAACAUGAUUUACAAUGUUCUUUAAGUAAAAUGAUGAAAAAUACUCAAACUUGGGCACAUUCACUUGAUGGAAAAAUCGAACGAGACGAAGAUAAUCGAAAUAAAAUCAGAGAAAUCAAUGAAAAUAUUGAAAAAAUUCGAAUUGUUCUAAAUCGGCAUCGUAUUAUGAAAUUGAUGGAUGAACAAAUGAAAAAAGAUAUUCAAAAUUUUGAGAAUGAAAUCAAUCAAAUUUUAUCGAAAGCUAUUUUGAAUGGACUUCAAUCUAUUGAAUUAUUUAUCAAUAUAAAUCAUUUUCUUGAAGCUGAACAAUAUAUGAAAAAUCUUCUACGUUUACAACGUGAAUUAGCCGAUUAUUAUACAUCGAAACUCGUAGAAAACAAAACAGAAGAAUUAAAAACAAGAUUAAAUACUCUAGCUAAUGAUAUCUUGCAACUUUAUGAUUUUGAAGAUAUUAACAAUUAUGCGAAAAAUCCACCUAGAGAUCUUUUAGAUCUAUUAAAGAAGGCUAGUUCAGGUGGUUAUGCUAGAUAUGCACAAGCUUAUAGUUCUUUAAUGGAAAGAAUUCGAGUAAAUUUUAGUCUAGCUAUAGAUAAAGUGUGUGAUAAUUCUACGAGGGACCGUUCUGCAAAAAUACGAUCAAUCAAACAUGCUUUUUACUUUUUACCAGAUGAACUAAAAACAGUAUUUCAAUUGCAAAUAGAUCAAUUGAAUCAGUUGAAUACCAAUCAACAGCAAUUGAUAGAAUUUGAUUAG